UUCAAACUAGCCACAAAAGAAUAUUCUGUCAUGGUCAUGGUCAGUAAGACUUUUUUCCUCUACCAAUUUCUCCAGCAUGGGUCAUCCGCAUAUCUCAUACUCGUCCCAUCUACAGGAUCUGACGAGUGGGGAUCCUUUUAUCUCCAUGGUCGACUGCGCUGUGGACCACAUUCAGUAUGGAGGUUUCUCUCCUUGUCCCUUCGUUCCACGUUCACAUGGGCAACGAAGAGGAGGAGCCGAAUGUGUGGUGGACUGGAGGAGGCUUCGCUGCUGCCGUCCACGGCCUGGCUCGCCGCGAAUCGGAGCUCGGACCUCCAAUGGGAGAGCAUCCACGAUGCGAAUCGGAGCUCAGCGGCGGCCGGACGCCCCUCGGCGGAGAUGGCGCCCUCUCCGACGCGCGAGGCGAGACCGUCGGGCCGUCGGCGCGGCUGCUCUGCGCGAGGCCACCGGGCGAGGAUGCAGCUGCUCCGCCGCCGCCGCGGGGUGCGGCUCCUUCUUCGCUGGCCAUCCUGAUUCUGUCUCCCCACUUCCUGCUCUGGCGCGGACGAACGGGUGCACAUGUGGCCCUGUAGAUGGGGAUUCUAUUUGCCCCCGGACGCUCGUCCGGACGCAUCAUGCCACAAACGCAAGCACAGCCCACACUUUUUACUGCACGAGAGGCAGUGAAUGCUUACUGUCUCAGCACAUGGCCCGGGCAGGCUUUCGCAUGUACUUCUACCUGCACGACUGCCACUCUGCCAGGAUGUAGCGAGCGGCUCCUAUCGAUGUAGAUUAUUUCCCAAAAGAGGUUGUUAGAUUAUUUCC